CCAGCCCAGCCCAGCCCAGCCCAGCCCAGCCAGUGGCUCCACACGCCGAGUUUGAGUCUCCUCAGCGCCCGUAGUUCUUGAACUUUCACCGCCCCUCAGCGCCGGCGCCGCGCAUGGCACGCAUGCGUCGUUCCUUUGAAUGGCUGGCGCCCUUAUCCUAGCGGCGGCGGGGGCCGCGGGGGCCGCGUUCCUGGCCCUGCGGCUGUGGGUGGUGCUUCAUUCCCGGGUCGCCGUGCCGCGGGAGUCUCUCAGUCUCCUGGUGGUGGCUGGGUCCGGCGGGCAUACUGCUGAGAUCCUGAGGCUGCUGGAGAGCUUGUCUAAUGCUUACUCCCCUAGACAUUAUGUCAUUGCUGACACUGAUGAAAUGAGUGCCCAUAAAAUAAAUUCUUUUGAACUAAAUCGAGCUGAUAGAGACCCCAAUACCAAGUUUCCCGAAUACUAUAUUCACCGCAUUCCCAGGAGCCGUGAGGUCCAGCAGUCCUGGCUUUCCACGGUGCUCACCACCUUGUACUCCAUGUGGCUCUCCUUUCCCCUGACUCACCGAGUGAAGCCAGAUUUGGUGUUGUGUAAUGGACCAGGAACAUGUGUUCCUAUCUGUGUAUCUGCCCUUCUCCUCGGGAUACUAGGAAUAAAGAAAGUGAUCAUUGUCUACGUUGAAAGCAUCUGCCGAGUAGAAGAUUUAUCCCUGUCCGGAAAGAUUCUGUUCCACCUCUGCGAUUACUUCAUUGUUCAGUGGCCGACUCUCAAGGAGAAAUAUCCCAAAUCUGUGUACCUUGGGCGAAUUGUUUGACGAAUGACUUACUGCUUUAGAAUUUUGCAGU